UAGGUACACAGAAAACACGUUCGUCGAGUCAAGGGAGUUUGUUCGCCGAUGGAGAUGACAACCACUGUAAAUGGACGUAGAAAAUAGCUCCCCUUUCUUUGUUUUUCAGCAUGGAUGCUGGCAUGCAGCAGUUGAUAAAACAUGUCUCUGCCAUAGAGGAGGUUGCAGAUGAUAUUUUAGCAGACAAACAACAUCUUGUUGACUUAGACAGAAAGAGGAAUAAAACUAGAGAAGCUGUAAGGAUACUUUCUAAAGACAAGGAAAGCAAGAAAACAUGGGUCUGUGUUGGGAAUAUGUUCAUCAAGAUGCCUAAACCAACAGCACAGAAACUUCUCGAUAAAGAUUUUGAUCAGAUUGAUCAUCAGAUUGCUUCACUGAGAAAUGGUCUACGACCAAAAGUACAGAAAUUAAGAGACAUGGAAAAUAAGGAGGACAUGAAAGGUUUCCAGCUUAAUCCUCUAACAAAAGCUGAAAUGAAAUCUAUAGAUGAUAUGUUAUGAUUUUUUGUACCUUUAUUACUUGAAUUUUUACUGCUGUUUUUUACUGCUUACCAGUGUUUACUGAUAUUUUUGGUCCUUUUUACAUGUAUACAAUUAAAAAUCAUGAGAGAAAAGGGAAAGAAAGGAUUAUGAUUAAUACCAUUUAAUAUAUUUAAAUAGAUUUUGAAUUUAUUUUAUUAUAUGGUGAACCCGAUUGAUCAGUGGCAGAUCCAUGGGAUGGAUUGAGGCGGGGGAGCAAUGGUACACGCCCCACCUUUAACUUGCGAUAUCCUGCCCUGCCCCCUUCACACUCUACUCUACUGUACUACUAAAAAAAGUAUGGCGAGCAAAUGAGACCAGGCCCUAACAAUUAUCUAAUGCAGUGUUCUGUUAUGUUUGCUAUGUUAAAACCAUCAUCAUCUGCCGUCAUAAAUUUGACAUCCUCCUGCUCCAAGGUGUAAAAAAAUUGAUUGUAAUCUUGUGAAGUGACCGUAUGCAGUGAUGCAAAGAAUAUGUGGAGUCCAAAUGAAAGGUUCAUGCAUCUAGAAGUAACUUUGUAAAAGACAUUUUAAAGUCUAUUUUCAUAGGUUUUCAAUCGAAUUAAGUAUGUCUAUAGAGCAUCAAACUAAAGCUGAUUGUUCAAAUUUAACAGAAAUGUCUUAUUGUAGUCCAUUCUAGCACCAAAAAU